UGCUGACAAGUCUAAUGUAUCUUUACGUCGGUGUCUGAGUGUGAGACGCUGUCUUUGCAGUGUACUUUUAACGGGAGUACGGAACAUUAAGACAAGAUGAGUUACUGGGAGGAGACUCCAGAAAAUGAGAAACAUUACGAGUGGCAGCUGUUAAAUGGACAUCAGUGGACAUCGAUUAACAACGACCAUGUGAUUGAGACCCACUACUGCCAACCUGGAGCUAAAGGAAUCAAAAUCAACACUACCAAUGGGCAAGUGUUCAUAGACUUUGAUAAAAUGCAGACGCUGAAUGCAGCCCAAAAGGUUCAGAGACUAAGCUUUCUAGCUCCAGGCCAGACUGAGGACAUAGGAUGGUACUUCAGAGAUGACAAGCUGUGGCGUGAAUAUGGAUCCCAGGGCUUGGGUAAGCUGGCCUCCUCAGUCACCAGUAAAGAUGUGGAGUACCAGUUUUCUCUAAACCCUCGGGGAACCUUUAACUUCAUAGUGGGCUCUACAAGCUACAGACUUGACUUCUCCACCAUGACCCAAACAAACUGCAUCACAGGCCUACACAGGAAUGUCCGCAGACGUCCAAAAUUCACUUCCAAAACAGUGAGCCUUUCCUCCUCCAUAGUUAUUCCAACAGCUUCCUCCCCUCAGCUCACUGAUGGAGGCUAUAAGUGGGAGUACAUGGGAGAGGAGGGUCAAUGGACAGAGUAUCAAGCAUAUAUUUGUGCAUUUGACAGCGCUGAUAUUGAAGCACAAUACCAGCAGAACCCGCGUGCCCAGCUACCAUUCAGGAUCAAUAGAUUCACCUAUACACUGGAUUUUUCAAGAAUGUGUCAAAUCAACAACCAAAUCGGGACUACAAGAGCAGUGAGGAGGACUGCAGACUGUGGUAGUGAACAGAACGGCAGAUCAGGUACAUCGGCACGUUGGCAGUUCAAAGAUAUCAAUGGAAAAUGGAAAGAUUAUUCUAAUGGAAAAUGUAGUGUUUCCAGUCAGGAUAUUGAGCUCCACUACCAACAAUACCCGUCAGGCACUAUGAAAUUUACCACAAAGAGCUUUGGCUAUGAGCUUAACUUCUCAGCCAUGACUCAGAUGAACCUGUCCACUACAACCACCAGAUCAGUACGAAGACUUAACCAGUGACUGAGACUACGACAGAUAAUCAGAAAAAACAAUCAGGAAAGCAUCUGACCUCACUGC